CAGCUUUAAACAUGGAAGCUGUAGUGUUCAACGGUGCCAACCUCACCUUAAAGUACGAGAGCAAGUACCCGCUCCCUAAAAUCAUUGAGGACCAUGAUGUCAUCGUGAAGGUGCAUUACUCGGGCAUAUGCGGCACGGAUCUGCACAUUAUCCAGGGCGAGUUCCCCGCACGUAAGGACCGUCCGCUGCCCAUGGGGCACGAGUUCAGCGGCGUCAUCACCGAGGUCGGGAAGGCUGCCAACUUUACAGUGGGACAGAAGGUGGUCGUUGACCCUAACAGUGCUUGCAAUCGAUGCGAUUUCUGCCACAAUGGCAACUACCAUUACUGUCUUACGGCUGGUAUUAACAGCACUAUUGGAAUCUGGCAAGAUGGCGGCUGGGCUGAGUACGUGCGGUGCCCGGACACGAACGUCUUCGCGCUGCCGGAUGAAAUCACUACUAAACAAGGGGGUCUUUGCGAGCCCUACUCGUGCGUAUCUCACGGAUUUGACCGAGCCGCCCCUCUGCAGAUUGGAGAGAAGAUACUUGUGGUCGGUGCUGGCAUCAUUGGCAACUUGUGGGUGACUGCGCUUCAUCAUCAGGGUCACCGGGAGGUCACAGUCUCAGAGAUGAACAAAUCCAGGCUGGAGAUCGUCAAAAAACUGAACACUGGAUACCGGCUCAUAUCCCCUGACGUGCUCUCCAAAGAAGACAAAUUGUAUGAUGUCAUCGUUGAUUGUACAGGCGUCGGGAAGGUGAUGGAGAUCAAUUUUAAAUACCUGAACCACGGCGGUAAAUAUGUCCUCUUCGGUUGCUGUCCUCCCACACACCAAGCUACGGUUAAUCCGUUCCAGAUCUACAACAAGGAAAUAACAGUUAUUGGCGUCAAGAUCAACCCGCACACUUUCCCGAAGACCAUUGGGUGGCUAAAGGCCAUGGGAGAAAGAUACUUGAGCUACGAAAACCUGGGCAUCAAGACAUACAAAUUGUCAGAGUAUCAAAAGGCCCUGGACGACUUAAAAACCGGCACCAUCUCCAAGGCUGUGUUUAAACUGCUCAAGUAAAUAAUGAUGAUCAGAGCCCGGAAUUUACUUCUCUAUUCUUGCUUUUCUCUAUCCUUAUUUCUGUUUUCCUUUUCUUUUCGUCCUUGGUGGUAACGCGGCCCUUUCGGCCAAGGCACCAAUCUUCUCAUAAAAAAGCAGUCGCUGGUCACUAUGUCGACCAAACUGUGUAAAAAAAAGCCCGGAAUUUUCGCGGCAAAACAAAAGACUGUCACAAUCUUGCUAGAGUUAGAAACAUUUUUUAACGAUAUCGAUAUUAUUCAUUUUUUAUAGAAAUUUUCGUUUUCUGUGAAAGUUUCGUGAAUUUCCGAAAACUUUUUUGAAAAUUUCUGGAAACUCCAGCAGCAUCCCCAUACUGUAUUAAUGCAAAUAAAUAAUUUCUGAUUUCUGAUUUCAAAUUGCACAUCUGUCAAAGUCGGUGCAGAGUUACCUUAGACGAACUUUAUUCGGUAUGUGGAUUGUAGAGGGGGAAUUGAAAUGACACUUGUCAACUGUCAAAUUGACCCACUAGACGAGCGGUACGAGAGGUUUUUCUGCAUUUUUUUGUUAUUUUUUUAUAUUUAGGAUUUUGAACAAUUUUUUUAAUUGUAAAUAAUGGCUUAGUACACUGGAUUCGAUUUUGUAUUUUUUUUACUAAAUGUACAGUCAACUGAUUAAGCCUAUUUUUUGUUAAUAAAAAUAUUACUAAUGAA